GGGGUGACACCUGAAGAGGGGUGACACUGAGGAGGGACACCGAGGGUGACACCUGAAGAGGGGUGACACCUUAAGAGGGACAACUGAGGGGUGACAGCUGAGGAGCAGUUGAGGAACAAUAAGUGAGGGGGGACAACUAAAGACGGGCACUGAGGGGUGACAGCUGAGGAACAACUGAGGGGGUGACACCUGAAGAGGGGUGACACUGAGGAGGGACACCCAGGGUGACAACAGAGGAGUGACAGCUGAGGAGAGACACCAAGGAGAGACAACUGAAGAGUGACAGCAGAGGAGUGACAGCUGAGGAGAGACACCAAGGAGAGACAACUGAAGAGUGACAGCAGAGGAGUGACAGCUGAGGAGAGACACCAAGGAGAGACAACUGAAGAGUGACAGCAGAGGAGUGACAGCUGAGGAGAGACACCAAGGAGAGACAACUGAAGAGUGACAGCAGAGGAGUGACAGCUGAGGAGAGACACCAAGGAGAGACAACUGAAGAGUGACAGCAGAGGAGUGACAGCUGAGGAGAGACACCAAGGAGAGACAACUGAAGAGUGACAACGGAGGAGGACAGCUGUCACCUGCUCCUGACAGCCGGGAUCUGACCCAGUUUUCAGGACUUCAUAUUCAAUGGCAGGGAAACUAGUGAGCAGGAAGUUGAAAUGAAUUCAGAAAUUGUCCUUGAAGAAUACCUCUAUAAAAGAUCACAGCAGAAGAAGUGGACAUCACCCGUAAACUACAAGGAAAGAUUAUUUGUGCUCACCAACUCCAGAUUAACCUAUUAUGAAGGUCGUUCUGAGAAAAAAAACAAGAAAGGAUCUGUGGACAUCACAAAGAUUAAGUGCGUGGAAGUGGUGAAGAACGGAAUGGACCAAGUGCCUUGUCAGAAUAAAUAUGCGUUUCAGGUUGUCUAUGACACAAACACACUGUAUAUUUUUUCCCCAACGCCAGAGAGCCGUGACCAAUGGGUGAAGUGUAUAAAAAAAGGAAUAAAGAACAACAGCUACAUCUUGCCCAAAUAUCACCCCAGUCUUUGGUCAGAUGGUGUUUAUCAGUGCUGCAGGCAAACAGAGAAAAUGGCGCCAGGAUGUGAGGCAUAUAAUCUCUUUGAAGUUAAUGCAUCUAAGCCCCUGCCACCUACACCAGAUGCUAAGAGAAGGCCUCCACCUCCUUUGCCUCCACCACAGGAUCCGGUCGAUAAACAGGAAGGAGAUAUAGCAAUUGCAAUGUUUGACUUUCACCCCGUGGAGCCCCAUGACCUUAGACUGACCAUCGGGGAGGAAUAUGUGGUGCUUGAAAAGAAGGACGUGCACUGGUGGAAGGCAAGAAAUAAGUAUGGACAAGAAGGCUACAUUCCCAGCAACUAUGUGACAGAGAAGAAACUAGACAAUUUAGAUCAAUAUGAGUGGUACAGUAGGAAUAUGAACAGAAAUAAAGCAGAACAGCUUCUCAAAAUGGAAGAUAAAGAAGGCGGAUUCAUCGUUAGGAAUUCCAGCCUAGCUGGCAUGUAUACUGUGUCACUUUAUACAAAGUAUGCAGGGGAAGGUUCCUCGCCAAUACGCCAUUAUCAUAUUAAAGAGACACAAGCAUUCCCUAAGCAGUAUUAUCUGGCGGAAAAACAUGUUUUUAACUCUAUUCCUGAUAUGAUUGACUAUCACAAGCUCAAUGCAGCAGGCCUAGUUACAAGGUUAAGAUAUCCCAUGUGUCCGAAUAAGACAGCCCCUACAACUGCAGGAUUCAGCUAUGAUAAAUGGGAAAUAAAUCCUUCUGAGCUCACCUUUAUGAAGGAGUUGGGAAGCGGCCUGUUUGGUGUGGUGCGUCUUGGGAAGUGGCGAGCCCAGUAUAAAGUCGCCAUCAAAGCCAUUCGUGAAGGUGCCAUGUCUGAAGAGGAUUUCAUAGAGGAGGCCAAGGUUAUGAUGAAACUGACUCAUCCCAAACUAGUACAGUUAUAUGGGGUCUGUACAGAAAAGAGGCCGAUCUACAUAGUGACUGAGUUCAUGGAACACGGCUGUCUACUGAACUACCUCCGCCAAAGACAGGGACAGUUCAAUACUGACAUUCUGCUCAGCAUGUGCCAAGACGUGUCUGAUGGAAUGAACUACCUGGAACAGAGCAAUUUCUUACAUCGAGACCUGGCUGCCAGAAACUGUUUGGUGAAUGAUCUUGGUGUAGUAAAAGUAUCUGACUUUGGAAUGACAAGGUACGUCCUUGAUAACCAAUACACAAGUUCUUGUGGCGCCAAAUUUCCUGUGAAGUGGUCACCACCUGAGGUCUUUAACUACAGCAAGUUCAGCAGUAAAUCUGAUGUCUGGUCCUUUGGUGUGUUAAUGUGGGAGGUGUUCACUGAGGGUAAGAUGCCCUUUGAGAGCUACUCCAAUGUGGACGUGGUAGAUAUGGUCACAAGAGGCGAAAGACUGUAUAGACCCAGGUUGGCUACAAACAGAAUUUACACAAUAAUGAAGGCCUGUUGGCAUGAGAAGCCAGAAGGACGCCCUAAGUUUUGUGACCUUUUGGUGGCAAUCGGCCAAAUACUAGAAGGAGAAUUCUGAAGACUUGGAAAUAGUUAUACUUCACUGACUGGAUUUUUUUUUAUUGUUAGACAAGUUAGUAAUUGGACUUCUAAUUUGCUGGACAUACAUUUCCCUUAUAUGGUUCCUACAUGAUUUUUUUUUUUUUUUUUUUACAUGUAUUUUUAGAAUAUCUGGCACACUACGGGCUUUACCUUCUGUAGGUUUACCCAACUCACAACCCCGUUUGUUUGAUGGAAUUUGUCCCCUGAUCUAUUUUCUAGAUGAACGGCUUGAAUGCUAUGGGAAGUUUGAAAUAUCUGUGAAUGACGGGUAAAGAAUUUCUAAAACAUCAUUUUUUUUAAACUGUGACGCCUUGUUGCGUAUCUGUACAUAACAUGUAUAUUUAUAGAAAUAUAUUUAUGAUAAAAAGGUUGUUUGUAUUUGUA